UAGUGUGCCUCAUUUGCUUUGUUUCAAGACUUCGAGGACUGAGCAAAUAGGUUUUCAUCAUAGAUAGCAAGCUAGCUAACUGACAUAGUUUGCGUCAAUAUCAAUGCCACAAUAAAUUGAUAAUAAAUUCACCUGCAGAUGCUGUUAUUUGUUAAAAUUUCAUCUUAAGUAAUGUUUACGCAACUUCAGCAGGCAAGCAGCAAACUAUUCAUCUUGCUAGCUUAGCUAGUUAUUUGCUGAAUAGGUUAACGUUAGCUAGCUAACGUCAAGGUAUUUGAACCUAACCUUAUCUAUAUCAGUUAGGUAGCUAGCUGAGUAACAUUUAAUUGCGGUCAUGACUCAGCCCAGUGUAAUUGAACUAACUAACUAGAAAGUUAAUCCUCGUUGAAUGAAAGUAGCUACUGUGUAGUUGUUUCGAGUUCAUUUGCCAGCCGCUAAAUAAACUUUUGAUUACCAUGCCAAAGAAGAAACAGACUGAUGAAGACAAACUGACGUUAGCAGAGUCCUUCAUAAAUUUCCAAAUUCAAGUUAAGAGAAAAGAAGUCGAGGAUUACCAAGAGGAAGUUAGUCUACUUGAGUACAAGAACCAAAGAUACAAGAAUCAAAGGCAACAGCUGAAAGAGGAGCAGUUGGGCCACAUCAAGUCUCUGCACAAGCAGUUGAAAGACAAGGAGGGAAAGCUAGUGCAGAAAGAGGUGGCAUGCAGGCAAGAGGUUGACCAGGCCUUACAAGAAAAUGUGGAGCUCAUCAGGACCCAGGAGCUGCAGCUGGCAGAGUUGCAGAAAGAGCUCAACAUUCUGGAAAAGCGAGUCAAUGCCCUGCAAACAGAGAAGCAGAUCUGGGUGGAUUAUAAACUGGUGGGCAGCCAGGGAAACCAACAACAGAUCCAGCUGCUGGAAGAUGAGCUCACACAUAUACACAAGACCUUCCAGGAGAUGUCAGAGAGUAUUGAGUGGACAAUGAAGGAGGACAUGAAGAAAACUGACAAGAAGACGGAGAGGAAGAUGGAGAAGGAGAAGCAUCUCGCUUCAGAGAGAGCCAUUAAACACCUUGACAAACACAGCCGGCUGGCCAUCAAAGAAAACAAGUGGCUCAAGAAAGCGCUUUCCUUUUACAAAUUAGAAGUUUCACGUCUGGAAGUGGCUGUUCAGAAGCUUGAGGAGAAGAAUUUGGCAGUUUUAAAUCAACUGUUUGAUCUGAAAUUCAGUGACCCCAGUAUACUCAGUGACAUCUUUAUAAGCAAGACGCCUGAUCUGAGUGUGUCUGACUCAGAAACUCCAGGGGAGACCAUGGAACUGGGCAUCAUUGGCAAACCAGCGGAAGCAGACGGGGCUCUGGGGUGGUCAGCGGCCCCGGAGAGAGACGAGCCGUCCAGCAGCUGCGCCCAGCCCGCCGACCAGCCAACCGGUUACUCCACCCAGGAGAUCAGCGACUUGCUGUACGGCCGCCAGAGCCACGUUCAAGACUCCCCGCACCUGGGCGCCCUAAAGCUGCUCAAUAUGGAGGGCAGGAGAGCCGUUCUGCACCAGGUCUCCGCUUCCUGGGACACGCUGCCCCCCGGCCUGCAGGAGAUCACCUCCGACUGGCCCGUCACCACCCGCAUGAUCCUCAGCAGAUUCAAAUAGCCCGUCUGCACUCCCGCUCCAACACCCGCACAAUAAAGGUGCUUUUAUACAGAA